AAAGAGAGAGAGAGAGAGAAGAGUCUUUUCUAAAAAGGAAACUGAAAGAAAAAGGGAAAGACUCUUAAAGAAGCGCUCGAGCUGCACUGGGCAGUCUCAGCUUCUCAACUGCCCAGCGUGACCAGUGGCCACCUCUGCAGCAUCUCCUGCAACCUGGUCUUGUCUGGACCACUGAGCAAAUCUGCCAACACCCUAGCCGGCUGUGAACGCAGGUCCUGGAAAAUGGCAGAUGUGCCCAACGGUGAGCAGGGCUGUGGGUCCCCACUGGAGCUGUUCAAGAACAUUGCUGCUCAAGGGGAGCUCGUGAGGGCCCUCAAAGCCAGAAACGCGGCGAAGGAUGAAAUUGAUUCCGCAGUGAAGAUGUUGUUAUCCUUGAAAAUGAGCUACAGAGCUGCCACAGGGGAGGAUUACAAGGCUGACUACCCUCCAGGGGACCCGGCACCUGGGAGUGAUAGUGGCCUGGAUGCCACAGAAGCGGACGAGGACUUUGUGGACCCGUGGACAGUACAGACAAGCAGUGCAAAAGGCAUUGACUAUGACAAGCUCAUCGUUCGCUUCGGAAGCAGUAAAAUUGACAAGGAGCUGAUAAACCGAAUAGAGAGAGCCACGGGUCAGAGGCCGCACCACUUCCUGCGCAGGGGAAUCUUCUUCUCACACAGAGACAUGCAUCAAAUUCUUGAUGCCUAUGAAAAUAAGAAACCAUUUUAUCUGUAGGGCAGGGGCCCCUCUUCUGAAGCAAUGCACGUAGGUCACCUCAUCCCGUUAUCUUCACAAAGUAAGUGGCUGCAGGACGUGUUCAACGUGCCCUUGGUCAUCCAGAUGACCGACGACGAGAAGUACCUGUGGAAGGACCUGACCCUGGACCAGGCCUAUGGCUACGCUGUGGAGAACGCCAAGGACAUCAUCGCCUGCGGCUUUGACAUCAAGAAGACUUUCAUCUUCUCUGACCUUGACUACAUGGGGAUGAGCCCAGGCUUCUACAAGAACGUGGUGAAGAUACAGAAGCACGUCACCUUCAACCAAGUGAAAGGCAUUUUCGGCUUCACUGACAGCGACUGCAUCGGGAAGAUCAGUUUUCCUGCCAUCCAGGCCGCUCCCUCCUUCAGCAACUCGUUCCCCCAGAUCUUCCGAGACCGGACAGACGUCCAGUGCCUCAUCCCAUGUGCCAUCGACCAGGACCCAUACUUCAGGAUGACCAGAGACGUGGCCCCCAGGAUUGGCUACCCUAAGCCAGCCCUGCUGCACUCGACCUUCUUCCCCGCCCUGCAGGGGGCCCAGACCAAGAUGAGCGCCAGCGACCCCAACUCCUCCAUCUUCCUCACGGACACGGCCAAGCAGAUCAAGACCAAGGUCAACAAGCACGCGUUCUCCGGAGGCAGAGACACCAUUGAGGAGCACCGGCAGUUUGGGGGCAACUGCGACGUGGACGUGUCCUUCAUGUACCUGACCUUCUUCCUGGAGGACGACGACCGGCUGGAGCAGAUCAGGAAGGAUUAUACCAGCGGGGCCAUGCUCACCGGCGAGCUCAAGAAGGAGCUCAUAGAAGUUCUGCAGCCCUUGAUCGCCGAGCACCAGGCCCGGCGCAAGGAGGUCACAGACGAGAUAGUGAAAGAGUUCAUGACUCCCCGGAAGCUGUCCUACGACUUUGAGUAACGCUCACUUUCUAUACACUUACUAAGAGAUGUAAUUUUCCAAGAAUCCCAGCCCAGUCGAAUCACUACUUCUCUUAGGCUGUGUCACACGGUAAUUACUGGCCUGGUGUCUAUAAGCCCUCUGUGUGUAUCAAUGCUGUUUCUUCUGCUGAAUGUCAUUCCCUGUCUCCUGUGAGCAUAACCCUGUGGGGUGAUUGGGUGCCGGGUAAUACUGAGUGGUCACACAGACAAGUCCAGCUGGAGUCUCUCCCACAAAGCAGCCCCAAGGAUGUGCAGCCUUGGGCUGGAUGUCCACUGGCCAGCCUGUUCUGGUCCACAGGACGGCUCCUGUUUGAAAGCAUCCUACAUCCAAACAUACUCUUAAACGUGCUCUAUCAAAGAGUAUGUAGUCUAUGUAUGCAUACCUGGAAUCAAGAUGUUAUUACCAUAAACCGAAAGAAGUGCUUCGAAAAGUUGAUGUGGGGAAGCUUAAUUGGCACAAGAGGCAUUUCAGCACAUGCCCCCCCAAAAUUAAAAAGAAGAGUGCUGGCCAAAAGCUUUGUUAAACAUUUAACCAAGAGAUCUCUCAGCUUGAAAGCUGCCUUAAACGUUUCUGAAUAUUGGCCAGAGUGGGCCAGUUUUUACUAAAUUGAGUCUUUUGUGGGUGAAACUUCCCAGUUUACGUACUAAACUCCAGACCAUGCAUGUACUGUACUCCAGAAGUCAUGCUGUUUUCCCCGAAUGUACUAAUAUUCUGUUUGCACCAAGUAAUCCUAGACACUCCAUCCUGAGAAGUGACGGCUGCUCUACUCUGAUUGUGCCAGACGCUGAGGGCAGUCUGUUGCCUUUGCAGGUGCUUUUGUUUUGACACUUGACUGGCGUGGAAGUCUGUCUGCACAGAGCAGUGCCCUGCCUGUGCCCCAGACGGGUGGGCACAGCUAGGCAGCGUGCAGCAGCCCUUGAGGCCCUCGGCUGUGUGUCCAUGGGAGGCCCGUUUAACCGAGCGCCCUGUGUAGUUUCGGAAAAGCAACAGCCCGUCUCGGGGAAGCCCCGGGUCCAAGAGCCUGCCCUUGCUGGAGGUGCAGGGUCCGCUCCUGGGUGCCCCACUCUGGUCUCACUCGUGACACAUAAACUUCCUUUGGUCCCGCC